AUGGUCAGGGCCCGCGAUAUAAAAAGUGCCGCCCUGGAUUGGUGCGAAGACGAGGUGUGUCUCGCGAAAAAUGGGGAGCCCAUGCAGAUAGCGAUAAAAACUCCUUCUUUGCAAGCAACUUUGAAAAGUGCAGAGGAGCGUGCAGUAGAAAUCUUGGAGCAUCCAUUGCUUCCUUGCCGGUGUUUAUGCAUGCACUUGAAGCGGCGCCGCACGAAGCCGGUAACGAUCCACGAUAGCACGGUAUGUAUUCCUUCCUGUCGCAACGGUCCUGUGAACGAUGUCACCAUCGAUGUGAUUUCUUCGUUUCCGUGUACUGGGCUGUUGCUGCCUUUGAUGGAGUGUUGUCGCUGGAAAGUUGAAAUGGUGAAGAUUCAGCGUGUUCCGGCGCUAUGCGCUGUGCAUCGAUGCUUGCGUAGAACUCAAUUGUCGCAAGCUGCGUGCCGAUGUGAAGCGAAAGUACUGUGA